GUAGCUGGCGGGGACUUCGGACAGGCGGUGGCCAGAGCGCGGAGCAGGCGAUACGACGAGCCGACAGGUGGCGGGUCUGGCCCUAGUACCUCGACCGCCGCCUGCGCGGACCCUGGUGGGGAUGGGGCUGGCGGGCCGACUUGGGGGUGGGGUCAGUCCUCUCUCCUCCCUUCUAGGGGCGGCGAUCGUCGGGGUCCGUACUGUAGGUGCGUGGGAGAAACUUUGCAGGGUGGGGACUCGGCGGCUGCUGGCCGGUAGGGACGGGUGGGCGCGCUUGAGGACUCCGAGGGGCGCAGCCCGGGGGCAGACCCUCGGGUCGGGCGGGGAUCUUACGCUUCCCUUACCCGCCCCCUUUUGUCUUUCACCUCAGCCCUGCGGGCUGCUGGGGGAGCGGCGGCCGUCCCUCUCCUGGAGGUCGUCUCCUGGCAUCCUUGGGGCCGCAGGAAGGAAGAGGAGGCAGCGUCCGGAGCCCUGGUGGGCGGCCUGAGGUGAGAGCCCGACCGGCCCCUUUGGGAAUAUGGCGACCGGUGGCUACCGAACCAGCAGCGGCCUCGGCGGCAGCACCACAGACUUCCUGGAGGAGUGGAAGGCGAAACGCGAGAAGAUGCGCGCCAAGCAGAACCCCCCGGGCCCGGCCCCCCCGGGAGGGGGCAGCAGCGACGCCGCUGGGAAGACCCCCGCGGGGGCUCUGGGCACCUCGGUGGCCGCCGCUGCCAACGAGCUCAACAACAACCUCCCGGGCGGCGCGCCGGCCGCACCUGCCGUCCCCGGUCCCGGGGGCGUGAACUGCGCGGUCGGCUCCGCCAUGCUGACCCGGGCGGCCCCCGGCCCGCGGCGGUCGGAGGACGAGCCCCCAGCCGCCUCUGCCUCGGCUGCACCGCCGCCCCGGCGUGACGAGGAGGAGCCGGACGGCGUCCCGGAGAAGGGCAAGAGCUCGGGCCCCAGUGCCAGGAAAGGCAAGGGGCAGAUAGAGAAGAGGAAGCUGCGGGAGAAGAGGCGCUCCACCGGCGUGGUCAACAUCCCUGCCGCAGAGUGCUUAGAUGAGUAUGAAGAUGAUGAAGCAGGGCAGAAAGAGCGGAAACGAGAAGAUGCAAUUACACAACAGAACACUAUGCAGAAUGAAGCUGUAAACUUACUAGAUCCAGGCAGUUCCUAUCUGCUACAGGAGCCACCUAGAACAGUUUCAGGCAGAUAUAAAAGCACAACCAGUGUCUCUGAAGAGGAUGUCUCAAGUAGAUAUUCUCGAACAGAUAGAAGUGGGUUCCCUAGAUAUAACAGAGAUACAAAUGUUUCAGGUACUCUGGUUUCAAGUAGCACACUGGAAAAGAAAAUUGAAGAUCUUGAAAAGGAAGUAGUAAGAGAAAGACAAGAAAACCUAAGACUUGUGAGACUGAUGCAAGAUAAAGAGGAAAUGAUUGGAAAACUCAAAGAAGAAAUUGAUUUAUUAAAUAGAGACCUAGAUGACAUAGAAGAUGAAAAUGAACAGCUAAAGCAGGAAAAUAAAACUCUUUUGAAAGUUGUUGGUCAGCUGACCAGGUAGAAGAUUCAAGACUCAAUGUGGAAAAAAUAUUUUAAACUACUGAUUGAAUGUUAUGGUCAAUGCUAGCACAAUAUUCCUAUGCUGCAAUACAUUAAAAUAACUAAGCAUGUAUAUUUAUUUCUAGCAAACGGAUGUUUGUUUUCAAAAUACUUCUUUUUCAUUAUUGGUUUUAAAAAAGCAUCAUCCUUUUAUCUCACAAAUAAGUCAUAUCUUUCAGUUAUUAAAAGAUAGAUAAUGCCUUUUUGGUUUUGUGUGGUAUUCAACUAAUACAUGGUUUAAAGUCACAGCCGUUUGAAUAUAUUUUAUCUUUGGUAGUACAUUUUCUCCCUUAGGAAUAUACAUAGUCUUUGUUUACAUGAGUUCAAAUACUUUUGGGAUAUUACCUACACAUGCCUUAUUACUGAUGUGUGCAACCUUUUAUGUGUUGAUGACUCACUCAUAAAGGUUUUUGUCUACUGUCAUUUGUUCUUUCCACUUAUUCUAAGCAUUUAGAGUAAUAGAGUCAUACUUUUGUGUAACAGCAACCUUUUAAAAGGAAAGCUCUUAUAAAGUCACUGUCAUGUUUUAGUUGACUAAAUAUAAAUUUAAGAGAAUACUUGAAUUGUGCUAUAGUAAAUAAAAAUUUACUAUUUUGUGUUUGAAUAUUGAAAAAUUGAAUCACUUUAACUCCUGAAAAACAUAAAUUGUAAUUUUAAUGUAAAAUUUCUUAUGUAGGUACUACCUUUUUUUAUCGUUCCAAGGUUUGCUAGUGAACACAGGAUAUUUUAAAAGUGUUUUAUUCUUCGGGACUGGAAAGUAUACAGUCAGCGUAGGAGAAAAAAUCCAUAUUUUUAUAUUAGCAUGCACACUAAAAACCAAAAUAUUAUUCAUACUUAAAACAUUCAUACAAAACAAUAUGUAAGCAGAAAUAGUACUAAAAUACUUUGCCUAAUUUCCAAGUUGAAGAAUAACACUGGGACACAGUUUUUUCAUAAGAGAGAAUAUUCCCCUAUUUCAAAUUUAAGGGAUUUUCUUCCUAACAUUGAAAUUUUAAAAACAGAGUUACUUCUAAAGAAUUAUACAAAUUUUCUCUUCUAUUAAAUAUUAUUAUUUAGAAUUGUUUUUGUAUUACAUAUUCAUGUUAAGAACCUCAUCUUCCCUUAAAAUACAUUAACAUUAUGACAUUUUUGCUUUGUGAUUGAAUUUCAAAUAGCAGUAUGAUAUCCUUUUAUCUAGUUAAUAUAUGAAAGUGGCUUGAAUAUAGUCAAAUCCGUUUUGGGUACUCUACUUUUUCCUUCACUUGCCAAGCCCUUUUAUUGUUCACUGUUAGAAAAAUAGAGAAGGUGAGACAGCUGGGGGAAAAUGUGGAGUAAAUGAUAAGUAUCAAAUGUUGAAUUCUAUAAGUCUCUACAUUUACCUAGGUUGGCUUUCUCCCUUCCCCAAUUCAGAAGUUUCCAGCUUGGCCAAUCAUCAGAAUCACUUGAGGAACUUAGAAAGAACUCCCUGGCUGUAGCUCCUAUGUAGGUUUAGGUUGAGACUCUGGACUCCAGAAUUUUUAAACGUUAUCAUCUGAGGUUUCCGAUCAUAGUCUACUUUUGAAGCAGCUGCUGCUGUUUUAUUCCAUUGAAAACCCUGGAAUUGACAUAAUUUUAUCUAUCAGCAUUUCUCCGCUUUUAGUUUAUUUAAUAAUUAACCUGGUCUCCAGGGCAGUUUUCAUAUGACCAUGUGUAUAUUCACUGCUCACAAAAAAGUUUAAUGUUAGAUUACCACAUUUAAUAUAGUUGCAGAAUUGCUGCAUAAGGGCUUCCCUUCUUGGAGACUUUUACCCAGCAUGGGAACAGUGAUCUGCCCACAUGACAGAGUGGUGUGCCAGGCAUAGUUAACUGCUUUUGGUUGUGAGGUACGUACUCAUCAUCUUCCUUUAGUUACCUUUAGUGAUGUGGCACACAUGUCCUUUUUGCCUAGUUCCUCAUCCACACUUUGGAUCUUGUGAAAAUGCUGUUAGUAUCCAACCUUAAAAUAUAUUAGUAUAUGGGUUUUUAUUAAAAGAAUUACUUUGAAUUUUCUAUUUAAUUCAUAUGUAAAUAAAGGAACAUUUCACUUCACUUAAAAAAUUAUAUCAGUUAUUAGGCUGGGUGCGGUGGCUCAUGCCUGUAAUCCCAGCACUUUGGGAGGCCAAGGCAGGUGGAUUACCAGAGGUCGGGAGUUCGAGACCAGCUUGACCAACAUGGAGAAACCCCGUCUCUACUAAAAAUACAAAAUUAGCCAGGUAUGGUGGCGCAUGCUUGUAAUCCUGGCUACUCAGGAGGCUGAGGCAGGAGAAUCGCUUGAAAACCCAGGAGGCAGAGGUUGCGGUGAGCUGAGAUUGUGCCAUUUUACUCCAGCCUAGGCCACAAGAGCGAAACUCUGUCUCCAAAAAAAAAAAAAAAAAAUUAUUAAUACUUUUAAAGACAGCUGUUUAAGAAUUUUUUGGGGAACAUUUCUAGCAGUGAUUUUUUUGGCCUUUUUAACAUAAUGAUAGUGUAAAGACAGGAGCCUUACAACUUAGGCAGAGCAUUUCACAUGCAGUCCUUCUUCCAUCUCCUUAAAAUCUAUUUAUUUUACAUACAGACUUUUACACUAACCAUUGAAAAAUAAAGUAGGAUCUGCUACAGUUUCCCCUGAAAAUUUAUAAAAAGUGUUGAGAUUGGUAGAAGGUAGUUUUUAAGUACAUGUGCACUACCCUAAAAGACUUGUCUAUUGUCAGUAAAGUGUUAGCAUUUGUGAAUUUAUUAUUCCUGUUCAGAAAUACUAUUUCUUAAAUCUCCUGGGAAUUUUGGCAUAAUAAAGCACAUUCAAAGUUCUAAUGUGUUUAUGAGCUCAUUUUCAAAAUAGUAAGUUUGUCAUCUUUAAAAUGAACAUGACUUGCUUCCUUGAUUUCUGAAAUGAAUUAAUUGAAGAUUGCUAUAGUAAUCUUUAUUUCAUCUUCCUAGAGUUGUUGGCAAUUUUAUUAUACAACAGUUACCAUUAGAGAAUGGGGGGAAGGGCUUUUGGGUGUGUAUUUGUAGGUACUAAGGGAUUUACUAAAUAUAGUAGAUUAGCACUGUCACACUUGUUCAAGUAGUUUCAGACGUAGAAAAUUAAGUAUCAGGUAUGUGGAGCAAUGUAGUCUUUUUUUUCUUCAGUUUAAAAAAUUUUUAAUUGUGGUAGAAGCAAUGUAUUCUUAAGGUGAAAAACCUACCUCAGUUACAUGUGGUUUGUGUUUUUUGGAUAAUCUGGAUUUUAUAAUUAGAAAUAAAAAUGUAAGAUUUUGAAUCCAUUUAAUUUCUUGAAAAUAGUACAAGUGAGUGUAAUAGAGAAGCGUUCAUAUAUUCAACACUGUAAGACAAAACAUUAGAGACCUUGGAUUUGAUAAGUGAUCUGAUAUCCUGGACAGUAUUCAUAUGUACAGUGAUAGGUGUCUUUCUUUGGAGUUUUUUUUUGUGCAUAUGUGUAUAGUUUUAUGGUUCUGAGUUGGUGACCAGUAAGUUCCAUGUAGUGCUGGCACUUACUUAAUAACUAUUCAUGAUAUUGUUAAUAACUUGUUGUAGGAUUCAGGCAUAUAUUUUCAGCAUAAGAAGCCAAACACACCAGCUUGUCAUUGGCAGGAAUAUAUUAAGUGAGAAAAACAUUCAGGAAUCAGAACAUUAACAUGUUAAAAGUUAGUGCUAACAUGGUCAUAUUGCGUCUGAACCUAUCCUAAUAUGUAACCAUAAAGCUUGACUUUUGCAUUGGAACUGUGCUUUCACAAAUAAGAUUGUAAUUGAUAUUAUCUGAGAAGCAGUGUGACACCUUUCUUUUGUUGUUACAUUAAGCUGAAAACAUAAUAUUAAUAGACAACUAACAGUUUGCUUAUCAGGCACAUCAACUAAGGCACCUCCCCCCCAUGCUAAGUUUCUCCUGGAUAUAUGGAAGUUGAUUGUUUCCCAGUUUAAAAACUUGAACUAAUAUUACCUAAGAAAACCUGAGCCCAUAUUGUUUUUAUUUUACUUACUUAGCUAGAAUCUCAUAGCAUGUUAAAGUCAUAUCCUUAUCCCCACUAAAAAUAACUAUGUCUAUGUGAGAGGAAUAUUGUUUGUGGGAGCUGUAUUAAAUACUAUUAUAGGUGUUACAGAAUCUUUAAAUAAAUGGACAUGGACCAACUUUCCAUCUAGUAGUGUACGAUCUAUAUAGUGCAUGUCAGUAGCAUAAAAUGCAGUCUUAGCAUUAGGCUGUCUAAUCUGAAUAGUUUACUCAAAAGUACUUCUUUGUGUUAGGUAUUCAGCCAUUGUUUUUAGAUCUAGUUAAUAGGUUCUAUUUAAUUUGCUGCAACAUUUACUGAAUGGUGGAGUGAAAAAACUGAUGCAUAUUGGGAAAUAUCUUACCAUUUUUUAAAGAUAAUGUUAAUUAGGAAAAGAACACUUUUAAGGAAUUUAUAGCAGUGAUGAAAUGAAUUCAGUUAUAUCAGAUACACCAAACUGUUGAUGGUAUUUAAAUGUGACUUCAAGUUAGUAUUUCUGUAUAUAUUAUUGGUUACUGGUUUGUUUUUAGAUAUGUAAGUCUGUUCUAAUCUACAGUUCACAUAUCGACAGUUACUCUGGUAAUAAUAGAAUGUUAGUGAUGAUCACUUGGUGGAUGUUGAUUAAGUGCCUGUGUUUUGUUUCCUCCUCUGGAUACCAAAUAGGUGUAUGCUACUUUUUUGGUGAACUUAUUUCUUGGAAGAUUUGGCUAUGCUAUUCAGAGUUUUUAUUCUUAUGUUUUUCUUCUAAAUUUAAGUAGCAUCCUGCUGCUACCAUAUUAAAGCUAAAAUUUAACUUUUUUUGAAGACUCAGCUAAUUCAGGUAAUCCAAAUAUUUGUGGAAAAACAUCUGGAUAAUUUAUUGAACAUAUUAGUAUUGUGUAGACAGCUUUGAUCAUUCCCAUUGCAUAGGUUUUUAUUGUGGAAUAGUCAACUUAAUAUAAAUUCACUUUUAAUUUGCAUGUAUAAAGUAAUACUCAAUAAAAAUUUUUUCAUUUAUUUUUCAA